GGGUUAAUGUUAGAUCUUGUGACCUUCCGUCAUUAAUAUUCAGCGAUGAGUUUGUUGAACCUAAACUCAGUCUUCAAUCUCUGCCACGUCGCACUUAGCAUGGAAGGUGCGCUAACUUGCUACACUAUGUCCACUUGACCUCAAGCCCUGGCUUCGGCAGAAUGAGAAUACUGUAGUUGGGUUUUCUGUUUCUUCUGCUUCCCAUGUAGCAGACAUUUUUUGCCUGUGCCCAGUACUAACACUCAGAGCGAAACUCCACCAUCUCCCAUCGGCGCAAGUGGGAGGAGCAACGGUCACAUUCCUGCUCGCGCGCCCUCACGCUGCGUCAUUGCGCCCGACCUGGUACGUGCUGGCGUCAGGACGCCGAGCGAGGUUGCCGUUGGAAGGGACGCUGUCGUCGCGGCCCCGGCUCCCGUAUCGUGUCGUUGUUUGCGGAGGGGGCAGGGACGGAGAAGAGAGUAGCGGACGGCAGGGGCGAGUUUGCUUUAGUAACCUAAAUAGCAGCAAAAGUUGUGCCGACGGUAUCCGCCAUUUCAGCUCAUUUGGAUUUGGAUAUAGAUUUGGAUAUAGAUUUGGAUUUGUCCUCGUCCUCAGUUAAGAGGAAGGCGGAGAGAUUAAGAAAAACUUGGUUCCCCGAGCUGAGCCGCUGUAGACUUGUAUGUCUGUUAUUUUUAAUGGAAAUUGUUCAAAUGGAGAGAGUUGAAAAAUUACAAUAAAUAGGAGAAGAGGCGGCAGUGGGAGCGCGAGAGCGAAGCACUGCCCUGUUAAUCCUGGUUUGCCGAGGUGGAGGAGUGAGUCGGGCCGUGCCAGGCCGCCGAGAACCUGGCAGCGACCAUGUUGGCAUAAGGAUUCUGGAUUUUUGCUUAUCCUGGGGGAGGGUGCGAGGCCUGUUGAAGAUGCCUGCAGGAGAUGACAUUGGAAUGCCCAGUGCUAAAAAUUAAAUUUUGAGAAGCUAUGGAUAAAAAUAAAAUUGAGGACCAAAUGCAUUUUCGAUGAGAUGGAAUUGAAGUUGACUGGUCCUGAGCAGAUGCACUUUGUCUGGGGUCACUACAGAAUAAGAAGCACUUUCCAAUGCUCUCUUAAAAUGUAAUGGGAUGAGUGGAGAAAUAUGAUGGCAAAAAACAAAGAACUGCGUCCCCCAACGUAUAAUAUUAGUGUGGUGGGACUAUCUGGAACAGAGAAGGAGAAAGGUACAAGUGGUGUUGGAAAGUCUUGUUUGUGCAAUCGAUAUGUGCACCCAAAAGCUGAUGAUUAUUACCCAGAGCAUACCUCAGUACUCAGCACAAUUGACUUUGGAGGCCGUGUUGUCAACAAUGACCAUUUUCUGUUCUGGGGUGAUGUAAAUCACACAAGUGAAGAAGGAACUGAAUAUAAAGUACAAAUAAUUGAACAGACUGAAUUUAUUGAUGACCAAACUUUUCUGCCUCAUCGAAGCACAAAUUUACAACUAUAUAUAAAACGAGCAGCUGCAUCAAAAUUACAGUCAGCAGAGAAGUUGAUGUAUAUUUGUACUGAUCAGUUGGGUUUAGAGCAAGACUUUGAGCAAAAGCAGAUGCCAGAUGGAAAACUGACCAUUGAUGGCUUCCUCUUAUGCAUUGACGUAAGUAAAGGUUGCAAUAGGAAAUUUGAUGAUCAGCUUAAGUUUGUAAAUAAUCUUGUUGCUCAGUUGGCUAAAACAAAAAAACCUGUUGUUAUAGCAGCAACAAAAUGUGAUGAAUGUGUUGAUCACUACCUACGGGAGGUGCAGGCUUUUGCAACAAAUAAGAAGAAUAUGCCUGUAGUGGAAACGUCAGCCCGUUUUCAUGUGAAUGUGGAUUUGUGUUUUGCUACCUUAAUCCAGUUAUUGGAUAAGACACGGGGCAAACCGAAGAUUAUUCCAUAUCUGGACGCUUAUAAGCAGCAGAGACAACUUGUUGCUUCAGCGACAGAUAAGUUUGAAAAGUUAAUUGUUCAGGCAGUGAAAGAUUAUCAUUCAGAGUGGAAAGCUGUGAGUAAUAAGUUGAAAAACCACCCUGAUUAUGAAGAGUACAUAACUUUAGAGGGGUCAAAGAAGGCAAAAAAUACUUUUUCUAAGCACAUUGAGCAACUCAAACAGGAACAUAUUAAAAAGCGACGGGAAGAAUAUAUAGCUUUAUUACCAAAAGCCCUUAAUGCGUUGCUUCCCGAGCUUGAAGAAAUUGAGCACUUGACCUGGUCGGAAGCUCAAAGUGUUUUGGAACAAAGGUCUAACUUUCCACUCUGGUUUAUUGUACUGGAAAAAACACCAUGGGAUGAAACUGACCACAUUGAUAAUAUGAAUGAUAAAAGACUUCCCUUUGAUCUGCUUAGUACAUCAGAAGGAGAAAAAGUAUACCACAAUCAUGUGCAACAUUUAAUUUCUGAGAGGAGAAGGAUUGAAAUGAAGGAGAAGUUUAAAAAACAUCUUGAAAAGGUACAAUUCAUUACACCUGGUAAGCCCUGGGAGGAGGUUAUGUGCUUUGUCAUGGACAAUGAAGCUUUUAAAUUCAUAACUGAUGCUGACCGUCGAGAGGUUUAUAGUAGACAUCAGCAAGAAAUAGUUGAAAAAGCAAAAGAAGAAUUCCAAGAAAUGCUUUUUGAACACUCUGAACUUUUUUAUGAUCUGGAUCUUAAUGCAACACCCAAAAUGAGUGAAAUCAAUACUGUUCUGAGUGAAGAACCAAGGUACAGAGCUUUACAAAAGCUUGCACCGGAUCGGGAAUCUCUGUUACUAAAGCACAUAGGAUUUGUGUAUCAUCCAACUAAAGAAACCUGUCUAAGUAGCCAAAAUUGCAUGGACAUUAAAGUAGAACAGUUGCUUUCUACUAAUCUGAUAGAGUUUGAUAACAACCGGCCAAACACAUAUCAGGAUAGUGCCAAUAUUGACAAACUUAACCUUGUUCUCUUGGGUCGGGAUGGGCUUGCACAAGAACUAGCCAAUGAGAUUCGAGCUCAAUGUACCGAUGAUGAGUACACUUUGGAUGGUAAGAUUUAUGAACUGGACCUUCAACCAAUUGAUCUUAGCACUUUUGUGAUGUCUGGCUUAACAUUGACCAAUCAACCUCAUGGAUAUUUCUGUGUCUACAACUCUACAGAGUCAUUUAGUGGGUUGGCAGAUUGCAUAGAACGAAUAAGAAGUGAAACACCCCCAAACAGGAAGGGCAGGAUUAUAACCAAUCUUCCAUUUACACUAAUAUUAGCAAACCAGAGAGACAUUGGUUGCAAGAACUUGCCUAUUUUAAAACUACAAGGGCAGCAACUUGCUAACAAGUUACAGUGUCCUUUUGUUGAUGUACCUUCUGGAACCUAUACUCGCAAAUUUCAUGAAUUACAAAUAAAACAAGCUCUUCGAGGACUUCUUGAUGCAUUGAAACACAAUUUGAAUAUUGUUAGUCCCUUGCCCAAUAAUAAAGAUCCAUCAGAAGCUGACUUGAGAAUUGUCAUGUGUGCCAUGUGUGGAGAUCCAUUUAAUGUUGACAUAAUUCUUUCACCUUUUUUGGAAUCACAGUUUUGUAGUGCUACUCAACCUGGUCACAAUAACUCACUCCUUCUGGAGAAGAUUAUUGGUGAAAAACGCAAACGAAUUCAGAUUACAAUACUUUCAUACCACUCAUCGAUUUGUGUUAGGAAGGAUGAGUUAGUACAUGGAUAUAUCCUAGUUUAUUCAGCAAAACGAAAGGCAUCCAUGGCAAUGCUCCGUGCAUUUUUGGCCGAAGUUCAAGAUGUUAUUCCAGUUCAGCUUGUGGCAGUUACUGACAGUCAAGCUGACUUUUUUGAAAGUGAAGCAAUUAAGGAGCUGAUGACGGAGGGUGAGCAUAUAGCAACUGAGAUAUCUGCAAAGUUCACUGCUAUAUAUUCUUUAUCACAAUAUCAUCGGCAGACAGAAGUAUUUACGCCAUUCUUCAGCGAUGUUCUUGAGAAGAAAAAUAGCAUUGAAAAUUCGUAUAUAUAUGAUAGCACUAGAGAAUCCACAAAUGUUAGUGAAGACCUUUCUUUAUCUCCUCGGGCAAGUUCUCCAACUUAUAAUUAUUAUCCAGAUUCUGAAGAUGACAAUGAAGCACCUCCACCUUAUAGCCCUAUUGGGGACGAGGUACAAUUGCUUCCAUCAUCAAGUGAUCGUUCCAAACAUCGACCAGAUUUUGAAGGAACUGAGUAUCCAGUUCAUAGCAGUCCAGUUGUUAAUCAUGAUAACCAUAAAGUGCCUCCACCUAUUAAACCUAAACCUGCGAUUUUGAGGCAUGAUGUGAGAAAACUUGAUCCAAAUCUUGUAAAAACUAUUGAACAGGUUAUUGGUAAGAAUCCAAAGAGACACAAUCGUGGACCUUUUGGCUAUCUGGAUGAUUUAGAUCCAUCUGAUAAUUAUUCUGUUCCAAAAGAUGCUGUAUUAAAACCCAAAGUGGAUGAUGAAAUAUAUUCAACUCCCCAGGACUCUAAGAAUACCAAGAUUGCAAGAAAGCCAAAUUUAAUUGGGGGAAAUAAUUCUCAAGGUGAGGAAGAAAAUGGAUUAAUUGAUAGAUCAUCAAAGCCACCAAUAACACGGAAGCCUUCAAAAUAUAAAUACAAAUCUAAGACACUUUUUAGAAAGGCUAGACUAUACUACAGAAGGAGAGAGCGCUUUGAGGUUAGUGAUGAUGAAACCGUGCCUUCUUCCUCACGAAAACCAAAGAAAGGAAAAAAUCAUCGCGGAAGUGAGGAAGAUCCUUUACUGUCCCCAGAAAAUUGUGGGAAAGCAGGCAUUGAUAACCCUGCUAUUGCAUCUGAUCCAGAAGUUGAUGAUGUAAGGAGGCAUAGAAAAGACAAGAAGCCAGCAAAACCAAAGUCACAAAAACCAAACAAAAAGGGACAGAAACCUACUUUGCCAUCAAGAAGAAAUUGGGACAGCAAUUACUUUGGAGUGCCUCUUGAAGACGUGGUUACUCCUGAUCAUCCUGUACCACAUUUUAUUGAAAGAUGUGUGGAGUACAUUGAAUCUACAGGUUUAAACACAGAAGGACUGUAUCGUGUAAGUGGAAACAGGACUGAUCAAGAUAACAUUCAAAGGCAGUUUGAUCAAGAUCACAACAUUGAUCUUGUGGCGAUGGAUGUGACUGUUAAUGCAGUGGCAGGAGCUCUGAAGGCUUUCUUUUCUGAUCUACCCGAUCCACUUAUUCCCUACAACCUACAUUCAGAGCUAUUGGAAGCAGCUAGACUGACAGACAGGACAGAAAAGCUGAAUGCUCUCAAGGAAUUGUUGAAGAAGUUUCCUGCAGUAAACUAUGAAGUUUUCAAAUACAUUAUUACCCAUUUAAACAGGGUUAGUCAGCAGAGUAAAACAAAUCGUAUGAUAGCAGAUAAUCUUGCCAUUUGUUUUUGGCCUACCUUCCUGAGACCAGAUGGCCUGACCAAUGCUGCAGUGAAUCAGUCUGCAAUUGAGACGUUUAUUCAGCAAUACCAGUUCCUCUUUUAUGAUGGAGAAAUUGUAGAAACAGUCACCCCUCCUGAGGAGCCUUGCACAGGUCAGUUGGUAGAACCAUUGUUACCACUGCCGUCGUUGCCACCACCGCCAGCAUCUCAACAGUUUCAAACACAGAUGCAGACAGAUCAGCUUGAUAUCAUAUGAGCAAAAUAACAAGAGAUAUCAUUAUAGAAGCACUAAACUGGGUGUUUGACAGUCCAAUUGCUAAAGUUUGGAAGACCUAAAGUGAUUAUGCAUUUGCAAACUAUAGUAGCAACAUUGCUUUAAGAUCAAUCUAGCAUUCCUUUCUUCACUUACCAAAGGAGACAGUUGUAAGUGUGGAUAUUAAUGGAAUUUCUAAAAUGACUGUGUAUAAAACAAACUGGCUGCAAUAAAUACAUUCCACUUGCUGCAUGAAAGAAAAGCAUUCUUGACAGUUUCUGUGGAUUUUUUUUGUGUGGUUGUUUUCUUCACAAACCUUUUGACAGUUGUGAAUAACAGAGUUUAUGUAUACACUAAAUUGUACAAAAUGAAGUCAAAUAUAUUUCUCAGCCAACAAUAUAAUAUAAAAAUAUUCCAACUGGAUUUGACCUUUUAUUUGUGCUGUUUGGGGAGUCAUUGUGUUUGUGUCCUUACAUAUUUGUGUGGGUGGGUAGAUGGACGUGCUGUCAUUAGCAGCCUCCCAACAUUUGCACUGCUUCUGAAAAUGUAGUUUUAAGAAAGAAAUACCAGGUGUACUGUAAAAGACUUGAUGUCUACUGCACCUUCUGUUUACUGGUAAUAGAACUGUGGUGAUUCUUUUUGUUAUUGGAAGAAUCCAUUUAUUUUAAUGAUCAACAGCACAAUAAGGAUCAGUUCAAGAGAAAAAAACUGAGCUUAAAAUUACCAUCAUUUUAUCCUGUAUGUCUUAUUGCAUUUGUUUCAUUUAAAGGAUAAAAUGUAGACUUUUAUAGUAUCCUUAAUUGUUGAAAAAUAAUGCAUGUGUUUAAUUCAUGGUUGGUCUUGUACCUUAUCCUAAUGCAUUUUUAGAAAUAAUUUUCCUCUUUGGAAUGAAAGGGGAAAAUAUUGGGUGUAUAGAAAAGUCAUUUUUCAUAUGAGAUUGUAAAUCUUUCCAUAAUCUUCAAUUAUAUGGCUUUCACAUGUUGUGUUUGCAAAAAAGAUGGUGUAUUAAAUAGCUACAAGUGC